AUGGGAGAUUCGUUGGAGAGGUUGGGAUCAGAGGCAUCAAUGGCGACGGAAACUGGAAUCAAAUCGGACUUGUGCUUAGAGAUCGAUCCUCCUCCUUUAAACGAAACCGUCGCCACCGCCGAAGACUGGCGUCGCGCUCUCGACAAAGUUGUUCCCGCCGUCGUCGUACUCCGCACAACCGCCUGUCGCGCUUUCGACACCGAAUCGGCAGGUGCUAGCUACGCCACUGGGUUUAUCGUUGAUAAGCGACGCGGGAUCAUCCUCACCAAUCGCCACGUGGUUAAACCUGGCCCUGUAGUUGCUGAGGCGACGUUUGUAAACCGUGAAGAGAUUCCGAUCUAUCCUGUAUAUAGGGAUCCGGUACAUGACUUUGGAUUCUUUUCUUAUGAUCCCAGUGCGGUACAGUUUCUGAGUUAUGAAGAAAUUCCUCUUGCUCCCGAGGCGGCUUCUGUUGGACUUGAAAUUAGGGUUGUUGGAAAUGAUAGUGGAGAAAAGGUUUCUAUACUGGCUGGUACUAUUGCUCGGUUGGAUAGGGAUGCUCCACAUUAUAAAAAAGAUGGUUAUAACGACUUCAACACGUUUUACAUGCAAGCAGCGUCAGGUACUAAAGGUGGAUCAAGUGGUUCUCCAGUCAUUGAUUGGCAAGGCAGGGCGGUAGCCUUGAAUGCUGGCAGCAAAACCUCAAGUGCAUCAGCCUUCUUCCUACCACUUCAACGAGUUGUCAGGGCGUUGAGUUUCCUCCAGAAAAGUAUCGACUUGUGCACAGCUAAGCCAAAAGCAGUUCAUAUUCCUCGUGGUACGCUUCAGAUGACAUUCGUUCACAAAGGCUUCGACGAGAUAAGGCGACUUGGUCUCCGGGCCGAAACUGAACAGGUGGUUCGGCAUGCAUCUCCACCUGGGGAAACCGGAAUGCUUGUUGUCGACUCUGUUGUGCCAAGUGGCCCUGCUGAUAAACAUUUAGAGUCUGGAGAUGUUCUUGUUCGUGUGAAUGGCACAGUGCUUACGCAAUUUCUAAACUUGGAGAAUCUGAUUGAUGACGGUGUUGGCCAGAUAGUUGAAUUGCAAAUCGAAAGGGGUGGACAGCCACUAACUGUAAAUGUGUCGGUUCAGGAUCUACACUCGAUCACUCCAGAUCAUUUCCUGGAAGUAAGCGGUGCUGUAAUUCAUCCGUUGUCUUAUCAGCAGGCUCGUAAUUUUCGUUUUCCUUGUGGCUUGGCGUACGUUGCGGACCCUGGAUACAUGCUGUUUAGAGCUGGGGUCCCACGACAUGCUAUCAUAAAGAAGGUUGCUAACGAGGAUAUUUCAUGUCUAGCGGAUUUAGUAUCCGUUCUUUCAAAGCUCUCUAGGGGUGCUCGUGUUCCCUUGGAAUAUAUGUCUCACACCGACCGUCAUCGCAAGAAGUCUGUAUUAGUUACAAUUGACCGUCAUGAAUGGUACGCUCCUCCACAGUUGUAUACCCGUAAUGACAGUUCUGGUUUAUGGGAUGUGAAACCUGCAAUCGAACCUGCUGCUGUUUCACCAUCUAUUGAUAUUAAUGAUUUGCCUAUAAGCCAAAAUAUUCCCCUCUGCCAUCACGAUACAGACCCCAUGCCUGAAGUUCGUGGGGUUACUGAUCCUGCGGCUACUAUGGGAGCCUCUAGUGGGGAUGGUUCUCACAAUGAUUUUGGCUCAGAAGCAAAGAAACAAAGAGUGGAAGAUGAUUCUUCAGAUGGAACUGUUUCAAACGCUUCCUUAUAUGGGAGUGAAUUAAAAUCUGAUGAUGCAAUGGCAACAGAUAAUACGGUCUUAAGGGACUUCGAAGGUGCAACAGCAUUUUCUGCUAAUGCUUCAUUGGCGGAACGUGCUAUUGAGCCUGCUCUUGUCAUGUUUGAGUACGACCUGCUGAUUGAAAUUACUGUCUUGGCUAAAGAAGUUUCUGAACCUGCACUGCAACGUGGAGAUUCAGUUUAUCUCGUUGGAUUGAGUAGGAACCUUCAAGCGACGUCAAGAAAAUCUAUUGUAACCAAUCCAUGUGCAGCGUUGAACAUUGGGUCUGCUGAUUCUCCCCGCUAUAGAGCAACCAACAUGGAAGUAAUCGAGCUUGAUACAGAUUUUGGUAGCUCAUUUUCAGGAGCACUGACCGAUGAGCAGGGGAGAAUUCGGGCCAUUUGGGGAAGCUUUUCGACUCAGAUUAAGUAUAGUUCCACUUCGUCAGAAGACCAUCAGUUUGUCAGAGGUAUCCCUGUAUAUGCGAUCAGCCAAGUUCUUGAAAAAAUCAUAAGCGGUGGAAAUGGACCAACUCUUCUCAUAAAUGGUAUCAAAACGCCAAUGCCACUUGUCCGAAUUUUGGAAGUUGAGUUAUAUCCAACUUUGCUCUCAAAAGCACGGAGUUUUGGUCUGAGUGAUGAAUGGAUCCAAAUCCUAGUCAAGAAGGAUCCUGUUAGACGACAAGUUCUGCGUGUUAAAGGUUGCCUGGCAGGAUCAAAAGCUGAAAAUCUUCUAGAACAAGGCGACAUGGUUCUGGCAAUCGAUAAGAUGCCAGUUACAUGCUUCAAUGACAUUGAAGCCGCGUGCCUAACAUUGGAUAAGGGUAGCCACAGCGAUGAGAAUCUCAAUCUAACAAUCCUUCGUCAGGGUCGAGAAAUGGAGCUCGUAGUUGGAACUGAUAAACGAGAUGGAAAUGGAACUACAAGAGUGAUAAACUGGUGCGGCUGCGUUGUUCAAGAUCCUCACCCUGCGGUUCGCUCUCUUGGGUUUCUUCCUGAAGAAGGUCACGGUGUCUAUGUGACAAGAUGGUGUCACGGGAGUCCCGCAAACCGAUAUGGCCUCUAUGCACUUCAAUGGAUUGUGGAAGUUAACGGGAAGAAGACACCUGAUCUAAACGCAUUUGCAGAUGCCACCAAGGAGCUAGAACACGGGCAGUUCGUGCGUAUAAGGACUGUUCAUCUUAACGGCAAACCACGAGUGUUGACUCUAAAACAAGAUCUUCAUUAUUGGCCAACUUGGGAGCUGAGGUUCGACCCAGAGACUGCUCUUUGGCGUAGAAACAUAUUGAAAGCCUUGAAAUAAGAAGCCUUUUUAGGUGAUCAUAUCAUAUUUGCAUGAUCAUACUGUGUUGUAUUUCUAUUGACAUUAUAACUCAAAAUAUUCAUUAUAAUAUAACAUUUGGAAGCCCACCUUAUUACAUAAUAAUAAUAGACUAGG